AUGAAGAUUUCGCUCCUUACUACCCUCACCCUCAUUGGUGCCGCCCUCUCCGUCCCGGUCGCGGAUGGCACGAAGACGAUCGCUACCGGCCAGCCCUGCACAAAAGAUGGCAAGAUGGGCAUUUGCGAGAAAGGUGCAAGAGAAGAACAAGCCCCAGGGUAUUUGCAAGCCUGUGAACUAGGUGACCAUAAUUGGUUGGCCGAGGAUGAAUAG